AUGGAGUUCUCUCAAUGGUUAGCUGAAACUAGCGAAGCUGUCAUGUAUGUUGUACCAGAACAUGAUCAAGAGAAAAGGAAGAAAUAUGUGUGUUCUACAUCUAUCCAACAGGAGAAAACAGUUUAUAAAUGUAAAUAUUGCAAGAAAGACGGACAUAAGGUUGAAAAAUGCAAUUCCUUCAGGAAAAUUGAAAUCGAUAAUCGUUGGAAUUGGGCCAGAGAAAACAAAGUAUGUUUUACCUGCCUUUCGUCCUCCCAUCAUACAAAAUUCUGUAAAAGUAAAAAGAAGUGCGACGUGAAUGGUUGUCUCUUGAAACACAAUCCUUUACUUCAUAAAGAACCAGAAAGAAAUUCUUAUUUGGAAGAGCGAGUCAAUCACCACAUCAAGGGAAGAGAGAAGAACGAAGUUCUUUUAAGGAUAGCCCUCGUUGAACUCACUGGUCCUAAAGGAAAAGUUCUAACAUAUGCACUUUUCGACGAAGCUUCCACCAUUACUAUGAUCGACGCCAAGUUAGCAGAUGAAAUUGGUGCGACCGGACCUUGUGAAGCACUGAAGAUAAAAUGGACAAACAGUAUUACCUCUAAGGAGACAGAUUCGAAAAGAGUAUAA